AUGGAUGGUACACCUCAGCCAACCAAGAAAACCGCGCAGCCGGCAAAGAAAACCCCGAAGCCCAAGAAAGCUAAACGUGGUCCAGAAAGCGCCAUGGAGAUUCGGGCCAAGAAAGAUAAAUCUCAGUCUAAAUCUAGGCAGAUUAUCGUCGAUGUCGAAGAGGAACUUGUUGCGGAAGAAGAACUAGUUGUCAAAGAUGAAAGUGGAGAAGAGGAGGAUGAAAGCAAAGAGGAGGAUGGAUGCGGCGAACAGGAUGGGAGCGAUGACGAUGAUGCGUACGAGAAUGAAGAUGCUUGA